AUGGCCUCGACACCACCUGUAGCCAUGAGCAUCCUCGAUGCAAUCGGCAACACACCGGUUAUUAGACUGAAUCACAUCGUUCCUGAUGGAUCUGCAGACGUCUACAUAAAACUCGAAUUUUAUAACCCAACAGGGUGCUACAAAGAUCGGAUGGCGUGGUCCAUGAUUGACCAAGCAGAACAACGUGGAGAUUUAAAGCCAGGCAUGACAGUUGUGGAAGCCACUGGUGGUAGCACCGGAUCUUCACUUGCAUUCAUCUGCGCUUUAAAGGGCUACAAGUUUGAAGUGGUGUGCUCCGAUGCUUUUUCCGUUGAGAAACUGCGUACAAUCACUACACUUGGGGCGAAGCUUGAUAUCAUACAUAGCCCUACCGGCAAAGUUACAGCCGACCUGAUGCCCUCUAUGAUACAGCGUGCAAAGGAAAUCGGCGAAAAAGAAGGGUAUUACUACACGAACCAGUUCAAUAACCGGGAUGCUCUUAUUGGAUACGAAGGCAUUGGUCAUGAACUAGUCAAACAAUUCCCCAACGGCAUUGACGCAUUCUGUGGCGCCAUUGGCACCGCUGGGAUGGCGAUGGGCACUGCACGGGUGUUUAGAUCCAAAUUGCCCUCUACGAAAAUUGUCAUUAUGGAGCCAGCCUCAGCGCCACACAUCACCAAAGGCCAAACCGGAGCACAUAGUGUCGAAGGCAUUGCAGUUGUCAGCCGUCCGCCUCAUCUUGACGAGGCCUUGUAUGACGAAGCUCGCGGUAUUGACGAAGACAAAGCGCGCGCCAUGUGCCGCCUCCUCGCCCGAAAGGAAGGGUUGCUUGUCGGCACAUCCACAGGUAUAAACGUUGUCGCUGCCCUAGAACUUGCAAAAGAAUUGGGUCCUGGCAAGACAGUGGUUACUGUUGCGGUUGAUACUGGUUUAAAAUACUUGAAUGGCAAUUUGUUCCAGGGAGCAGGCAUAAUCGGCUUAGAUGUUGCUUUUGCCCUUUCUGAGCGUGGAUUUGGCCCUUCCAUUACCGUCAUUGCGGAAUAUCUGCCCGGAGACAUCGCCCCUCUGGCGGGUUGUAACUAUUCCGGGGUAUCUGGCUCGUCUGAAGGUCAGUUACGAUGGGAUCGAUUGGGCUAUUCACAUCUUGCCAAGCUGGCAGCAGAGAGAGGUGACGAAGCUUACGUUGUCCGCACACCAAGUACCGAAUUCUGGGAUGAAGGUAUUCCUGAUAAUAAACUUGAUGAUAUUAGAGAUUACCUCGAGGAUUUUGUGGUCCUCCCGGCAGAAAGCCUUCCUGAUGGCGUUCAAUCCGGUAUAUCUUUCACAACCUUGACCGUCAAUGCGCCUAAACAUUUAGAAUUUCUCGUCCAAUCACUCGAAAACCUUGGUGUCACAUUUGUACGACAGAAACUUCCACAUAUACACGCGCCUUUCGAGAGUGUAGGAGACUCUAAAUGUUAUCCAACACGCGGACAAGUAGUCCAUGUUAAGGCACCACACAUCAAGUACAACAUCAUGAGGCAUGGCAAAGACUAUUUCACUCAUGUUAUUCCACGACCAAUGUCCGACGGCACUGUGAUACUGGGAGGCUCCAGGCAUCCUGCUAAUAGUGAUACUAACGCUUACUCGAAUGAAACUGAAUCCAUCCUCGCACGCACACGACAGCUGUGUAAAGAGCUCGACCAACAGCCAUUCGAAGUACUUGGUGCUUUUGCGGGCCUCCGUCCAUCAAGACAAGGAGGGCCUCGAAUCGAGCGCGAAGAGAUAAUCGUAAACGACAUUAAGCGUGUUCUCAUCCACAACUAUGGGGCAGAUGGUACGGGAUUUCAGGCUGGAUACGGCAUGGCGACUGACGCUGCGAAUAAAGCCCAGGAUAUGUUAAGUGAGAUUUUAGCUACUACUAGUAACAAUAUCGGUGAUCAUAUGAAGGUGUGA